GAUUCAGAACAACUUAUAUUUUGGCUUGUAUUCACUGAUCAUGGGGUGAUCCAGAAAUAAACUCCAGGCUUCAAAGCGAGAGUGUUUCAAAGCUGUCCUGCAGUUGAUCGAAACAUCCAGGCAAAGCAGGGAGACGAAUACCAGCGAGAAUUUUCUGAAUUAAGACUUAAUCAAGGAGAUAACCCCUUUCAGCAGUAUUAUUACCCUUUUAUUUCAGAACAAAAAGAUUUUGAUGAUCACUAUUUCCUUCUACGGAAAAGGAAAAAAAAAAUAAAAGUAUGGCUACAACGGCAGCAAAUACUCAAAGACAAACAAUAGGCUGCGAGGACUACAGUCUGUACAGUAGCCUGAGUGAAGAGGAGCUUAUAAACAUGGCCAUCCAGCAGAGCUUAGAAGAGGACCCUGCAGGUCAGCCAGCUGCCCAGAGCCACCAGAAAUCGGUGGUGGCAAGUCCCAGCGAGGUGGCCACCCCCAGCCGCACCAACAGCCAUAACCCGCCCUACCGCAUCUACCCUUGGCAAAGAUUGGCAGCCCAGCCAAGAGGCCGUGCUCAGCCGUCCAACUCGGGGGCAGCCUGGGGGGUCAGGCGAAGGUACGACGGCAGCCUGUUCAGCACAUCACAGCCCGUAGAACUUGACCCUGUAGUGGCAGCAAUAAAGGAUGGAGAUGAAAAAGCAGUGUGCAACAUGAUGAAAUCAGGAAAAAACCUUUCGGAACCUAAUAAGGAUGGCUGGUUACCCCUCCACGAAGCUGCAUACUACGGCCAAGUGGGUUGCCUGAGCCUGUUACAAAAAGCGUACCCCGGCACAAUCGACCAGCGCACCCUCAAUGAGGAGACAGCUCUCUACCUGGCCACCAGCCGGGGCAACCUGGACUGCCUGCUCACCCUCCUGCAGGCUGGGGCCGAGCCUGACAUCUCCAACAAGGCCCGAGAAACGCCACUCUACAAAGCCUGUGAGCGCAAGAAUGCAGAGGCCGCAAGACUCCUGGUACAAUACAAUGCUGAUACCAACCAUCGUUGCAAUCGAGGAUGGACUGCUCUCCAUGAGGCUGUCUCCCGGAAUGACCUGGAGAUUAUUGAUAUCCUUGUGAAAGGGGGUGCCAAGAUUGAGUCUGCAAACGUCUAUGGGAUCACUUCUUUAUUUGUGGCAGCUGAGAGUGGGCAGUUGGAAGCUCUGAGAUACCUUGCAAAAUGUGGUGCUGAUAUAAAUACUCAAGCCAGUGAUAAUGCCUCUGCUCUUUAUGAAGCCUGCAAAAAUGGACACAUACCUAUUGUGGAGUUUCUUUUGUCCCAAGGAGCAGAUGCUAAUAAAGCCAAUAAGGAUGGCCUGUUACCUCUUCACAUAGCAGCCAAAAAAGGGAUUUGCGAGAUUGUCUCCAUGCUGAUCCCUGUGACCAGCCGCACCCGUGUCAAGCGUAGUGGCAUCAGUCCCUUGCACCUAGCGGCCGAACGCAACAAUGAUGACAUCUUGGAAGAGCUGAUUGAUGCUGGCUAUGAUGUCAACACUGCCCUCUCCAACGAACGGUCCUGCCUUUAUGAGGACAGACGAAGCACUCCUCUCUAUUUUGCUGUUUUUAACAAUAACAUCUAUGCCACCGAGCUCCUGCUGCAAGCUGGAGCCAACCCCAAUGUUGACCUCAUCAACCCAUUACUCAUCUCCAUCCGCCAUGGCUGCCUGAAGACCAUGAAACUGCUCCUUGACCAUGGAGCAAACAUUGAUGCCUAUAUAUCAAGCCAUCCCACUGCAUUUCCGGCUACCAUCAUGUUUUCGAUGAAGUACCUUUCCGUGCUGAAGUAUCUUCUGGAUCUGGGCUGUGAUGCAAGUUCCUGUUUUGAGUGUCAGUAUGGAAAUGGCCCACACCCCGCAUUAGAUUACAGACGGGACAGACUUAAUGAUCCUCAGCUGUCCAAAGAGCCAAACAUAGUACAGUUUUGUGAAAUGGUGUCUACUCCAGAGAUAAGUCGCUGGGCCGGGCCUAUCAUUGAUGUUCUCCUGGAUUAUGUGGGUAACGUGCAGCUCUGUUCACGGCUCAAGGAGCAUAUUGACAGCUAUGAGGACUGGGCUGUCAUUAAAGAAAAAGCAGAGCCCCCACGACCUCUUUCCCAUCUUUGCCGCAUCAAGGUACGAAGCCUGGUUGGAAGAAACCGCAUUAAACUUCUUGACACCUUGCCUCUCCCAGACAGACUGAUUCGAUACUUACAGCAUGAUUACACACAGUGACCCCCGGCACACCAGACACACAGUGGCUUCCCAGCAUGGCAUCAGCAUGGCGAGGGCACACAUUGUGCGUGGUGGGGGAGGACUUGCUGCUGGCUUGGUCAAGAGCCCUCCAAUGACUAAUCUAAGAGAAAUAUGCUUCUGAAGCAUGAAUGAGAAGAAAAUGGAUUAGACAGCGAGCUAAACAUGGGACAACUGUUAGGUUUUCCAAGAGAAAACAUGUAUGAUUCACCUCAAUGCUUGGUCUGCAAAGAACAAGAAAUGAAAACCAACACUGAAAAAUGAGUACUGCUGAAGCAAGUAUCAGUGAGGAAUUCAAAGGUAUAUCGGGGUUGUGGUGGAGCUUAGCAUCCUUGCUGCGAUCACAAUUCAGAAAUUGUCAAGAGUCAACAUAUUUGGGAAAACAAACAUUUCCCUCAUUGACUGAGAUUUUUAUUUUACCUUCUAUCUACCAUUUGGAUUUCUGCUAAGUGUGCUGGUUGCUUAUUCUCUGAUACUUUGACACCAUCUUGCUAACACUUUUACUUUCAUUUUUUGGACCUUUCUUAUUGAUUACUUGAUUUAUGAACAUUCAAAUCUCAGAACUUUUUAAUAGACUAAAGUCCAGAAAUGCUGAUUUCUUUAAAAAUCAAGGAAAGGUUUAUAUAAGAGGGAUGUAAGAAUUGUAUUUGCACAUAGAGAAUACAGUUCAUUUCAUAUUACAUUUGUAAUGAGAAGUAGGGGAAAUCCUGCAUGAGAUAGUUUCCUAGACUGGGGAUUUGAAAGCGACUCGGAGCUUUUUUUUUUUUUUUCCUUCCUAGAAAUUAGAAGUAUAGCUGCACUGUAAACAGUAGCUUUACUCUGUCAUGAAGCUGGUGUCAGAGCAGAACAAAGCUGUAGAGGAGCAGAAACAAAGUGUUGUGAAGGAGAGAGGCAAGGUAUGCAGAGAGAGGAAACACUGCUAAACCAACUUUAUCUGUUCCUCCCCUAGAAGAUAUUGUCCCUACAAAACCCAGGCUCUCUUAUCUCCUUGGACUUCUGGGGCUAUAACAAUACCAUCACUGGAAGAAAGAGAUAUUAUUUCAAAAUUAUGAAAUUUAGACUUUGAGAUUUAUGAAAACAACUACCCAGAAUUAGGCUUCCAAAUCCUUAUUCAGGUGCCUAAACAAUGCCAAGUUGCUUGCAUCAGGUGUAAUUCCACUUAAGCCAAUAGGACCACAUUUGGUGUCAGAUAUUACCGAGGCAGAAUAAAAAUCUUAAGAUUUAGCCCUGAAUUUCCUGACUUUGGAAGUUUGAAGUAUCUAUUAGCUCCCUUUGACACUGAUGAAAGUUAAUAUCUCAGCUUCUUUGAAAAUUAGGUCACCUAUUUACAGCUCAGAUCCACAACUGAUUUAUGGCAGCUUAACAAGUUACCAUCUAUCAGCUGAACCACUAUAAUUGUCCGUGAAAUUCUUUUAUUGAAGUUUUUAACAAGUCACAUUCCCUCACAGCUGGGGAGGCCAAGGAACCCAUGAACAGUUAUUGGCAGUGACUACAGCACAGUUGACAGGUGUGACUUACUGAACUGAUUUGAUGAGUGCCUCAUUCCUGACUAGGCACCUCAGUAAGGAUGGAAGAGUCUAAAUUUCCAACUAUGUCUUUGUAGAUCUUAUGCUAGAAGCACACUCAUUCUUACCUUAGGUGACAAAGGAGCUGUGCACCAUGGUUUGUUUGGGUUCCCCACCAGAGACAUGACAGAUCUGGUUUUGUUUGUGGGCCUGCAUACCAUCCAUGGAAUCAGAUAGAAAUGUAAAAGUAGGGAAUAUGCAUUGCAAUGAGUUUUAUUUGUGUGGAGUUUUAUACCUUAAAACAGAACUAAAAGCAUGUUGCACACAUACAAGUCUGUCUGGGCACACAAGUUCAGGUUCUGUGAUGGUUCUGUGUGUAAUGUGUUCAGCACUUGCAGGACAAGAUGUAAGCAGAGGAAUUGGUUACAGCUAUGGACAGAGUGUCCAUAGCUGUCCCCUUCCCAAAUGCAAAAGAAGUUGAAAAACCAAUGCUUUCAAUUGCAAAGCUUUGGAAAGUCCAAUGAGAUUCCUCCACUGCUGAAGUUUCCUCCAGUGACUUCCAUUACUACCAGAUUAAGAUCUACCCCCCACCUCCACCCCUUGUCUCCUGAGGUGUGAACAAGAAAUUUCUUCAGGUUGGAAAAAUACUGUGUGGAGGGAAAGGAAUGGGGAACAGGAAAUCUUUAGACCACUUUUGCCAUUGAAGUCCCUGUAUUGCUAAGCAAUAUCUUGAGAGAUAGAAAAUCACCUGUGGAGUUCAUGCAUCUCUCAUUUUAUGGGGCUGAGCAGUAAAGUUCUGGGCCCUUCUCAUAUUGAUAUAAAUCAGAAAAAAAAAAAAAUCCUUGAAAUGAAAUGACUGUAUCAGAGCAGUUGUAGGGGGUGAUGGAUACAGACAUAGCUUGGUAGAGAUCAUUUGUUUAAGUGCUUGUCUGGUGUGCAAUGACAGCCCUGAAGACCAGCGGCUGAUAGAAGGAUUCAUAAUCACCAACUGUAUGUGUAACCACAGGGGUAGGAUUUGAUAAGCGAUCCCAAACUAGGAAUUCUCCCUGAGAACAUAAAAGUCUCACGAACUACAGUUUCUUUUUAUGUCACUGGAGAAAUUGAAACUGGGUUUGAGUGGAGCAAAUAUGGAAAGUCCAUUUCUUCUUUCAACCAAGACACCUUCAUCUCUGUUGAGACACCCAUGUCCUGGUUGCUCUUGAGCAGGAGAGUCACUGAGCUAGAGAGCACUGCUCUGAUGGGAACGUAUCACAACUGUGGGAAUGGUAAGGGCACACUGCACAGAAACUGAUGAGAGAAGAGCCUAUUAGAGGGGAAAUCUGAUAAUUACGAUGUUAUUAAGUCCUUUCUGCUUGAUUCUUACAGCAAAUCUUCACACACUCAGUUUACAUUUACUUGCACUGAAAUGGAGCCCGCUACCUCUCCACUCCAGUCAUUGACACAAGUAUUUUGUGCACGGUACUUAAUCUGCGCAAAUUCAAUGUGAUUUUAUCUUCUAUCUAUCUAGAAGUUACUAUGAAGAGACAAAUACGCCAGAACCCAAACAAACCAGGCUUGUAAGCAGAUCAGUAGUUCUAGUGCAAGGUGAAGUGCCUUGUUUUUACUGAGUGUGGUACAUAUACUCCUUCAGAGAUGAUGACUUUAUGUGAAAUGUUCCAGGAAUAUUUCAUGACCAGUUACUGUACUUUUUUUUACUGCAACAUGUGCAAUUCACUUGUUCUUGUGCACUUUUUUGAUUUUUUUAUUUCAUUUUGUAUGAAAGCUUUUUCACUUACCUCUCCCUUCCCAUUAUUUAUAAAAGCUAUUUUGGUUUUAAGAGUUUAAAUUUGCAUUGUUGUAGUAAAUAGCAGCUCUCGAAUGUUAUGUUUCCAUCUUUCAAACAAGGUAUGAAUAAACAAGUAGAUUCUGAAGGACUAUCAGUUGUCCUGAAUAGCAACAUUGAACAACCAAACACAAAAAUUGCCAGGAAAAGUCUGAAUCCAAGUUUGAUUAAUAAUUUAGAUUAACUCAGGGGUGAGAGAAGAGUAAGUAUUGUUAGAGAUGAGACAAAGUUCCUAUUCUUUGCAAACCUUUUGGAAAGUCUCACACAUCCCCAUUCAGUGAUUUUGAAUAUAUUUCACAACUGUCUUCUCUUCAUUUGUGUUUUACCUCGCUACUGCUCUAGUUCAGAGCUGCAGCAAGGGCCACUGCCUGCCCUGGGCUGCAGAGGGAAGUAUGUCACAAAGGAUUUUAAAAAGUAACAUCAGUUUAAAUCUGAGGGUAAGUGCAUAAAUAUCUGUGUGUCAGAGGUCAUUUGGAACAGUCUGGUUCAAUCCUUCAUCCUAACUUAAAAGCAUGCUAUUCUACUACAUGGAAAAUACACAGCAACAUACAUUAAAAUAAGAAACAGUUUAAAAUUAGAAAACCAAGAAUUUAAUAUCCAGAAGGUAGGCACUUGAUUUUAACUCUCUUCCUUCUCUGAAUUUCUUCAGAAAUCUCUACAGAGGCUAUCCACUUUGCUAAGUAUUUUAAUUAUGCUAGAAAUCCAUAUUCUGGUGCAGUAUCUAUCUAGCACUUUCAAAUUUCCCUUCUGAACUCUAGCAGGAACCGUUGUCCACAGCAGUCACUGUGGUUCAUUCCACGACCUGCUCUGGUCACCCAGAUGGAAAUCCAGGCCAGUGCCAAGGAGGCUGCUCUGCAUUGACAGCACUGAGACAGAGUUCAGCAUCUGGCUUCAUCUGGAUUACAACAGUGACACAGAGCUAUAGGUGUGAGAAAGGGCCCCUAUUUCCAUGUAAAAAGUUCCUUGCCUACAGCUCUGCAAAUUAAGAGGCAUAGUUCUCCUCCCAUUAACUUCAAUGGGGAUGCUGCCUCUGGUUUUGAUUAGUCUCCCUUGUGGAGAGAUACAGAGUCUCCUCAUGGAUUUUUUUGACAAAAAGACAAAAAGAGAAAGACAUCUAAGUAUAUCCACAUCUUCACUUCUGAAUCAAGAGCUAACUUGAUGUCUUUAACCCUUAGAUCAACUCUUUACGACCUUGCACCUUGCAUAUAGUUGCAGAUAUGUGCUACCAAAGACAUUUCCUACUCUCUCUCCUAUAGGACUAGUUUAUGGAGGCUUGGUACAUAUAUUAAGUGCUGGUAGCAGGGAGAAAGUAAUGAAAUCCAUCUCCAUUUUUACUUUUGGCCUGUUGGACUAACACCUUACAGACAUUGUUCCUGUAAAAAUAAACAUUGGUGGGAUAUACUGUGAGGUUUGGGGAAAGGAUGAUUUACUUUUAGCCUAAGAGUAAGUUCAUGUCCUAAUGAAAGUUGCAACCUGGUUAUAUAACACCAAGCCCCAUCAGAAGAUCCAAAAUGACACUCUACAGUUGCUUAAGAUCAUAAUUUUUUCAUGACUGCAAUACACUUGAAAAAAGUGUCAUAGGGAGUUACACUAGCCAGAGCCCAAGCUGAUUGAGCACACUUUUGAUUGAAUCCUGGGAGAAAUUCCCAUUAGCUUCAGCGAGAGCAGGUUAAGGGAGAUCACAGGCAUCCAUUCUCUGGCCCUUCCCCCCCCCCAUAAUGCACUUCUCUUGACCUCAGUGAUUCACUCCAGUAUAACUGGAUAGGUACAUAGGCCUGCAAUAUUAAACCUUUCAGAUCUCAUGUGCUGUGCCUUAGCACCACUUUCUGCAUGGGUUUAAGAGAAAUCUAACUUAAAAAAAAAAUCCUGUGUUAACUUUUCUAAUGGCAAUUUGUUAAAAUAAUUGGGAAAAUACCAGGCAAAUCAUUUGCAGCCGGGCCUUGUGAUAGCAUUUUAAAAUCAGACAAAGUAAAAGUUGUCUGGGAGCCAGAAAUCAAGGCAGGCUAUUCUAUAUGCUUUUUUUCUUCUACCAUAUUUUAUGGUUUUGCAUUCAACUAAUACAAUUUCUCAUUUGUUCUGUUGAUGCCGAACAAUUCCUGACAUGGAAAUUCAUCUGCUUCCAUUUGCACCAGCUUAACACUAGUUAAUUUUCCAGCCUCAGAAGAAUUACUUUUGAUUUACAUGAGUCUGAAUAGGCAAAGAUUUCAGACCUCAUAUCUACCCAAGAGUUGCAAGUCAAACCUGUGUCUACGCAGUAGGGCAAAAAUAAACAGACUGCAUUGACAGAAUCACCAAAAUAAAAUUACCUCCUUUCUUCCCUUAUUUUUUUUCUUUUAAUUAUCUCAGUAUUUACAUAC